AUGAGUACAAAUAUUUUUCAAUCUGGUGAUAAAUUUAAUGAAUCGUCGCCGUCAUUAUUUCCAACACGAACAAUUUGUGACGUUGACGGUGACUUGACAGAGACACUUUGGUGGUCAGCUGAUAAUAAAUUAAAUGUCAAAGGCGAGACCAAUUUGGUGUUACUUAUGAUACCCGGAAAUCCCGGGGUAAUUGAUUAUUACACGCCUUUUUUAUCAACUAUUUAUGAUGAGUAUGAAAAGAAAAUUGAAAUUGUUGGAGUUUCGCAGCUGGGCCAUUCACAUGGACCACAUCAUGAUUCAUUUAUUAAGUUAUGGUCCCUUCAAGAUCAAAUUAAUCACAAGAUCAAAUUCUUUGACAUUUUAUGCGAAAAAUUUGCAAUUGUUGAUGGAGAGAAAAAGAUUUAUCCGCGUUUCAUUUUAUGUGGUCAUUCGAUGGGCGCAUAUAUAUGCUCUCAGGUUCUGAAGGCGCGUCCAAAUCAUAUAGAACAGGUGUAUUUACUUUUUCCUACUUUACAGCAUAUUGCGAAAACUCCCAAUGCCCUUCUAAUGGCGUGGUCGUUUUACGAAUUUCCAAGAAAUAUUAUUAGUAUGCUCAUCCACUCAAUUCGCACAGUCCUGGGUCCAAACAUGUUUAAAUCAUUAAUACGCCUCAUUACAGCUCAAUCGGAGCCACAUCUCUCUACGACAGCCGAUCGUUUACUACAUUGGCAUGUAGUUCAAAAUACAAUGUACAUGUCAGAGACGGAAAUGACAACAAUCCAUGAGCUUGACGAUAAAUUCUUUCGUGAGCAUCUCAAUAAAUUCACCUUUUACUUCGGAAAGACAGAUAAAUGGGCACCAUUAGAACAUUAUCAUGAUAUGAUUCAACGGUUUCCGAAUGGCAAAAUCUUUUUGUGUGAAAUUGGAAUGGAACACGCUUUUGUUCUAAAGCACAGUGAAGUAAUGGGCAAGAAAGUAGCCCAAUGGAUCAAAGAUCUUCCCACUAUUUAA